AUGUCAUCAGAGGAGGAGGGAGCCAUGGGCCCUACAUCGGUAGAAGGAAAUUCGAGCCUGCUCAGCAAGAUUGCAGAGCUCGAACAAGAAAAGGCCGCCAUGGCCCCACAAUUGGAGUGCCAGCUGGCCCUCAUAAAACAACUGCAGCAGCAGAUGGCUGAUCUGCAAGCAGCCAACAUGGCCGGGAAGCAGCCGGCGCAACAAGAACAACAGCAGCAGCUACUUAACCAUCAACGGCAUCAACAGCAGCAGCAACGGAAACAACAGCGACAGGAGCAGCAACAACAACAACGACAGCAACAGCAGCCAGAAGAAGAUGACGGCAUGUGCCCGGAGGUCAUCAUCGAGGAGGAGGAAGGAGACCCCUUCAAUUUCGUCGUCCGAAAAAAGAAGGCAUCAAAUAAGACUAAGGUUCAACUAGCAGCUAGCUAG